UCCGCCCGGGACACUUGCGCGCAGGACUCUUUUCGGAAUGGAGGAAGCGCCCAGCUUGGUCGGGCACCAGCCGGCUGCAGCACCACCCGGCGCGAGCCGCUCUCGGACCCACCUGGCUGCCCUGCUGGGCCCCGGGACCGGGGUCCACUCAGGAGGUUAAGGGGUGCAUGCUCUGCAUCCCGGCGGGAGCCGGCUGGGAUUGGCCGGCGGGCAGGUCAAUAUGAGCCCUGCCAAGUGCAAGGUCUGUUUCCCUGAUCGCAAAGUGAAACCCAGCAUGUCAGGACUCCACCUGGUAAAGAGGGGCCGAGAACUGAAGAAGCUGGACCUGCACAGAGACUUUACCGUGGCCUCCCCGGCUGAGUUUGUCACGCGCUUUGGGGGGGAUCGGGUCAUCGAGAAGGUGCUCAUCGCCAACAAUGGCAUCGCUGCCGUGAAGUGCAUGCGCUCCAUCCGCAGGUGGGCCUACGAGAUGUUCCGCAACGAGCGGGCCAUCCGGUUUGUAGUCAUGGUGACCCCAGAGGACCUGAAGGCCAAUGCAGAGUAUAUCAAGAUGGCAGAUCAGUAUGUCCCUGUCCCGGGAGGGCCCAACAACAACAAUUAUGCCAACGUGGAGCUGGUUGUGGACAUUGCCAAGAGAAUCCCCGUGCAGGCGGUGUGGGCUGGCUGGGGCCAUGCUUCCGAAAACCCCAAACUGCCGGAGCUCCUGUGCAAGCACGAGAUUGCUUUCUUAGGCCCUCCCAGUGAGGCCAUGUGGGCCUUGGGAGAUAAGAUCGCCUCCACCAUUGUGGCCCAGACGCUGCAGAUCCCAACACUGCCCUGGAGUGGAAGUGGUCUGAUGGUGGAAUGGACAGAAGAUGAUCUGCAGCAGGGGAAAAGAAUCACUGUCCCAGAAGAUGUUUACAACCAGGGUUGUGUGAAAGAUAUAGAUGAGGGCUUAGAGGUGGCAGAAAAAAUUGGUUUUCCCUUGAUGAUCAAAGCAUCGGAAGGCGGUGGAGGGAAAGGAAUCCGGAAGGCAGAGAGUGCCGAGGACUUCCCAAUCCUUUUCAGACAAGUGCAGAGUGAGAUCCCUAGCUCCCCCAUCUUCCUCAUGAAGCUGGCCGAGCAUGCCCGACACCUGGAGGUGCAGAUCCUCGCCGACCAGUAUGGGAACGCCGUGUCACUGUUCGGGCGUGACUGCUCCAUCCAGCGGCGGCAUCAGAAGAUCAUCGAGGAGGCGCCGGCCACCAUCGCCAUACCGGCUGUGUUCGAGUUCAUGGAGCAGUGUGCUGUCCACCUGGCCAAGACUGUGGGCUACGUGAGCGCGGGGACGGUGGAAUAUCUCUACAGCCAGGAUGGCAGCUUCCACUUCUUGGAGCUGAAUCCCCGCCUGCAGGUGGAGCACCCCUGCACAGAGAUGAUCGCCGAUGUCAACCUGCCGGCCGCCCAGCUACAGAUUGCCAUGGGGGUGCCGCUGCCCCGGCUCAAGGAUAUCCGGCUUCUCUACGGGGAGUCACCGUGGGGGGUGACGCCCAUUUCGUUUGACACUCCUGCCAACCCUCCGCUCGCCCGAGGCCAUGUCAUCGCGGCCAGAAUCACCAGUGAGAACCCCGAUGAGGGGUUUAAGCCAAGCUCUGGAACGGUUCAGGAACUGAAUUUCCGGAGCAACAAGAACGUGUGGGGUUAUUUCAGCGUGGCGGCUGCUGGUGGCUUACACGAAUUUGCUGAUUCCCAGUUCGGGCACUGCUUCUCCUGGGGAGAGAACCGGGAAGAGGCCAUUUCGAACAUGGUGGUGGCUUUGAAGGAACUGUCCAUCCGGGGCGACUUCAGGACCACCGUGGAGUAUCUCAUCAACCUGCUGGAGACCGAGCGCUUCCAGAACAACGACAUCGACACAGGCUGGUUGGAUCACCUCAUCGCCGAGAAAGUGCAGGCCGAGAAGCCGGAUAUCAUGCUUGGGGUGGUGUGCGGAGCCUUGAACGUGGCCGACGCGAUGUUCAGAACAUGCAUGACGGAUUUCUUACACUCGCUGGAAAGGGGCCAGGUCCUUCCUGCAGCUUCUCUGCUGAACAUCGUGGAUGUGGAAUUAAUUUAUGGAGGUGUUAAGUACAUCCUCAAGGUGGCCCGGCAAUCUCUGACCAUGUUCAUCCUCAUCAUGAACGACUGUCACAUCGAGAUCGACGCCCACCGGCUAAGCGACGGGGGGUUGCUACUGUCCUAUAAUGGUAACAGCUAUACCACCUACAUGAAAGAAGAGUUUGACAGCUACCGUAUUACCAUCGGCAACAAGACGUGUGUUUUUGAGAAGGAGAACGAUCCCACGGUCCUGAGAGCCCCUUCGGCUGGGAAGCUAAUGCAGUACAUGGUGGAGGACGGGGGCCACGUUGAGGCUGGGAGCAGCUACGCCGACAUGGAGGUAAUGAAGAUGAUCAUGACCCUGAACGUGCAGGAAAGCGGCCGGGUGAAGUACAUCAAGCGCCCGGGGGCCAUGCUCGAAGCAGGCUGUGUGGUGGCCAGGCUGGAGCUCGAUGACCCUUCCAAAGUGCACCCGGCCAAGCCAUUCACAGGAGCGCUCCCUUCCCAGCAAACUCUGCCCAUCAUGGGAGAGAAACUGCACCAGGUUUUCCACAAUGUCCUGGAAAACCUGACCAACGUUAUGAGUGGCUACUGUCUGCCGGAGCCUAUUUUUAGCACAAAGCUGAAGGAGUGGGUGCAGAAGCUCAUGACGACCCUCCGGCAUCCAUCACUGCCGCUGCUGGAGCUGCAGGAAAUCAUGACCAAUGUGUCCAGUCGCAUCCCCGCCCCCGUGGAGAAGUCGGUCCGCAGGGUGAUGGCCCAGUACGCCAGCAACAUCACCUCAGUGCUGUGCCAGUUCCCCAGCCAGCAGAUAGCCACCAUCCUGGACUGCCACGCGGCCACCCUGCAGCGGAAGGCUGAACGGGAGGUCUUCUUCAUGAACACCCAGAGCAUCGUGCAACUGGUCCAGAGGUACCGCAGCGGGACCCGCGGCUACAUGAAAGCGGUGGUGUUGGACCUCCUGCGGAGAUAUUUACGGGUGGAGCACCAUUUCCAACAAGCUCACUACGACAAGUGUGUGAUCAACCUCAGGGAGCAGCUGAAGCCAGACAUGUCCCAGGUGCUGGACUGCAUCUUUUCCCACGCGCAGGUGGCCAAGAAGAACCAGCUGGUGAUCAUGUUGAUUGAUGAGCUCUGUGGCCCAGACCCUUCCCUGUCGGAAGAGCUGACCUCCAUCCUCAACGAGCUCACUCAGCUGAGCAAAAGCGAGCAUUGCAAAGUGGCCCUCAGAGCCAGACAGGUGCUGAUUGCCUCCCACCUCCCGUCCUAUGAGCUGAGGCACAACCAGGUGGAGACCAUUUUCCUGUCUGCCAUCGACAUGUACGGCCACCAGUUCUGCCCAGAAAACCUCAAGAAAUUAAUACUCUCUGAAACGACCAUAUUUGAUGUCCUGCCCACUUUCUUCUACCACGCUAACAAAGUCGUCUGCAUGGCAUCCUUGGAGGUAAGUAAGAGGGAGGCCCCAGGAACAGUAUCUGUCCCGAAAAUGCCAGUUCUUGCAUCCGCUGCCCGCUGGUCGCGACAUCGGCAGGAAGCCUCUUUUGAGUACCUGCAGAACGAGGGUGAACGUCUGCUCCUGGAGGCCAUGGAUGAGCUGGAGGUGGCGUUCAACAACACAAGCGUGCGCACAGACUGCAACCACAUCUUCCUGAACUUCGUGCCCACCGUCAUCAUGGACCCCUUCAAGAUCGAGGAGUCCGUGCGUUCCAUGGUCAUGCGCUAUGGCAGCAGGCUGUGGAAACUCCGCGUGCUGCAGGCUGAGGUCAAGAUCAACAUCCGCCAGACCACUGCCGGCUGUGCUGUUCCCAUCCGCCUGUUCAUCACCAAUGAGUCGGGCUACUACUUGGACAUCAGCCUCUACAAAGAAGUCACUGACUCCAGAUCUGGAAAUAUCAUGUUUCACUCCUUUGGCAACAAGCAGGGACCCCAGCACGGGAUGCUGAUCAACACUCCCUAUGUCACCAAGGAUCUGCUUCAGGCCAAGCGAUUCCAGGCCCAGUCCCUAGGCACCACCUACGUCUACGACUUCCCGGAGAUGUUCAGGCAGGCAAGUCCUGCAGCUUUGUUCUGGCACCACCCCGGUCCCCUUAGGGAGUCCACCAGCCCCUUACCCCCCAUCCUUAGUUACUCUUCUGAAGACCCCAGUCGGAAGAAUGAGGAUAAUCACAGCCCACUCCCCAUCAUCACACCCACGGACCCCAUUGACAGAGAAGUUGGAUUCUUCCCGACCAGGGCUCCCUAUGACCCCCGGUGGCUGCUUGCAGGAAGGCCUCACCCCAGUCUGAAGGGAUCCUGGCAGAGUGGAUUCUUUGACCAUGGCAGUUUCAAGGAAAUCAUGGCGCCUUGGGCCCAGACCGUGGUGACAGGACGAGCAAGGCUAGGGGGGAUCCCUGUUGGAGUGAUUGCCGUGGAGACGCGGACUGUGGAGGUGGUGGUGCCUGCGGACCCUGCCAACCUGGAUUCAGAGGCCAAGAUAAUCCAGCAGGCGGGCCAGGUGUGGCUCCCAGACUCGGCCUACAAGACGGCCCAGGCCAUCAACGAUUUCAACCGAGAGAAGUUGCCCCUGAUGAUCUUUGCCAACUGGAGGGGGUUCUCCGGUGGCAUGAAAGACAUGUACGACCAGAUGCUAAAGUUUGGAGCCUACAUCGUGGACAGCCUCAGGCAGUACAAACAGCCCAUCCUGACCUACAUCCCACCCUACGCGGAGCUCCGGGGGGGCUCCUGGGUGGUCAUGGACUCCUCCAUCAACCCCCUGUGCAUAGAACUGUACGCAGACAAGGAGAGCAGGGCAAAUAUUCUGGAGCCGGAGGGAACAGUGGAGAUUAAGUACCGAAAGAAAGAUCUGAUAAAGACUAUGAGAAGGAUUGACCCAGCUUACAAGAAGCUCGUGGAACAGCUUGGAAUGUCGGAGCUGUCCGACAUGGACCGCAAGGACCUGGAGGGCCAGCUGAAGGCCCGGGAGGAUCUGCUGCUGCCCAUCUACCACCAGGUGGCAGUGCAGUUCGCCGACCUACACGACAGGCCCAUCUGCAUGCUGGAGAAGGGUGCCAUCGCUGACAUCCUGGAGUGGAGGACCUCACGGACCUUCUUGUACUGGCGCCUGCGCCGUCUCCUGCUGGAGGACCAGGUCAAGCAGGAGAUCCUGCAGGCCAGCAGCGAGCUGAGCCACGUGCACAUCCAGUCCAUGCUGCGCCGGUGGUUCGUGGAGACCGAGGGGGCCGUCAAGGCCUACCUGUGGGACAACAACCAGGUGGUGGUACAGUGGCUGGAAGAGCAUUGGCAGGCGGGGGACGGCCUGCGCUCCACCAUCUGCGAGAACAUCAAGUGCUUGAAGCGAGACUCCGUCCUCAAGGCCAUCAGAGGCCUGGUGCAGGACAACCCUGAAGUGGCCGGGGACUGCAUUGUGUACAUGAGCCAGCAUGUCAGCCCAGCCGAGCGGGCCCAAGUCCUUCACCUCCUGUCCACUGUGGACAGCCCAGCCUCCACCUGACCCCCGCCACCUCGCCACUUGCAGGACCACGGGCAAGAGAAACCAUGCUGACCCGCCUACCGCAGGCCUCAUCAGGACCUUGGGGGUUUGCUUUAAAAAAAAAAAAAAAAAAAUCCUGGGCAUUUCUGCAGGGCUGCUGGCCUCCCACUCACUCCUGUCUCAAUAAAAGGCUCAGGAGUGUCCCCUUCCAAACAGAAAUAGCUUCCUAUCCGUUGCUGGGAAGUUUGUUCUGGUGUCUCUUGAGACACCACAUUUUGCUGCAUCACCAAAUCAACCUGAGCCCAAACACCCCGGUUUCCUUUUGCCUUCCAGUGCCUGGCGUGCGGGACCCAGGUGUUCCUGCAGGCUUGUUUUGUAUCCGAUCAUGGAAUCUUUUAUUUUUUUACUCUUGAGACCAACUCUUGAUGGAAACAUCUUCUAUAUUUCAGCAGAAUAAAUAGGCCAAGGAAAGAAGUACAGAGACAAGAAGGAAAAAAACCAAACCAAAACCCUAUUUUUGUAAUGAUGCUUAUUCGGAUGCUGUCGAGUCACCCGGGAAAGGGUUUGAAUGAUUUUUUAGGAGAAUAAAAUGGUAUCUCGUUCACCAAGUGGCCCCUAGAGAGUCACCAGGAACGUCUCAUUGGUAGGCCAUGCUUAGAGAUUUUGUUUUUGAGAGAGAGACAGUAAAUGGGCAGAAUUGUCCAGCUGCCGCGUGGCUCCUAGCCCUCCACCGGCCCCUUCCCUCCCCUGGCAUGCACCCUCGUGGCCAGUUGGAGAGUACAGAGGCAGAAGGAAAACCGUCACCCGGCCAUGAGUGUCACUUCUGUGAUUGCCACGGCCCUCCCCGGAGAGCCCCUCUGCUGUCACUCACCUGGUGCCUCAAUGUCUGUGGAGGGAUCCAGCCCCAAAGGGCAGAGCUGUGGGUGUUCAAGGACUGGACCAUGAGGGCCGCACCGAUUUGCUCAGGGAGACCUCUGUGACAUGCACUCCUGCACUGGGCUCUGAAGGCUGCCCCACGUCAGACCUGCUAUCCUCCUGGCCCCGUCCCUCGGUCCCCCGGUGCCAGUAAUGGGGGCAGUCGGCCGUCCCCCCCGCCGCCCCGCCCCGCCCAAUGCCGGGACAGGCAGUUUGUCUGAGGACACCACGUGUCAUGCCGGACCCGUUCGGAGGCCAGCGAGGAUGCCCAGGGAAGCCCCUGCAAGCCAGGAUGCUUGAGGAUGCCUGAGUUGAAAAAAAUACAGUUGGGCCAUCAGCCGAUGACAGCCCUGGCAAAGCAAAGUGUCCUGGCGGCAGUGAGGGGUGGGAGAAAGGUGAGUGAGCUGUUGCCCCAUCCUGCGGCCCGUUGUGGGAGGGAGCAGACCUCCGUGCUGCAUUGGGACCUGAAUGUUUCCCAGUGCGGGAGGCUCCCGUGGUUUUGGAGGGAAAGAGAAGUCGAUGACUAGCUGCUACCCAGGAAGGGUGGGUGGGGGAACCCACCAGGAGGUGUGUGGAAUAAAGUAUUUUUUAAAGGAA